UUGGCUUUAGAAUUUUCUUAUUUUUAGAUAAUUUUCAUUAAUUUAUUUAAUCAUGUCUCAACCUAAAGGCUGUGCCAAACCUCUGGUGCUAAACGAGCUGUUGAUACAAAAUGUGAACACGUGGGGCAAUGUCCAGUACAACAUACCCUUGCGGUUGUCCAACAAUGAGACCAGGACGGCAGCCAGCAUCGCUCAUCGCCACAUACCAGCUAUACCGCAUAGCUUGGACUGCAAAAUCGAUGAUCCGCUCCCCGAACGAGUAUGCGGCCGCGAUAUGGUGGUCGAGAAAGAGACCUACAAGACGACCACCGGCGAAUACUGCGUCAAACCAAACCCUAACAAGGCCAUGGAGAGGGCCGACUGCUCCAUCAACUGCAGGCGGGUCAUCUUCAUGACGGGAGUGGAGAAGCGGUUGCAAGGAAAAAGCAUCGUCCAACCUACAAUGAUAUCGGAGAUGAAGGAUAAUUUCAGAGGCGUGAUGGAGCAAGCAACAAUGCCGCCUGAGAUCACCGUCAGGGCUCCUGAUCCUGAGUAUAUUUUUGAUGUCGUAGCAGCUGGUCGGAAUGAAGCUCCUGUAAUAUCUGACAGCGCUGGUGGAUUCCGAAGACUGUUGGACCCUUACGUCACCACAUAUAGGGCGUGCCAUAAACCGUUCUCAGUGGAGGAUCAAUAUGGCAUCGGCGCUAAGGAUCAGAUCACAUUUUACUCGGCUUUCAAUUUGCCCAAGGUGAGAGGCUUCGGACCGCGCCAUCAAGAGAUCUGGAUGCCACUAACGUCCAAGGUCCACAGGGGUGUCUACGACAGGAUCCACGUCAAGAAGGAGUACAAGGAAGUGGCUGCGUGCCACAACCCUGUCAAUAAUAUCAAGGGCGUCUUCGAAUCAGAGAUGAAGAAGAAAUACAAGAUACCAUUCGCGUAUUCAUCUCUCGCAUCCUGGGGCCAUGGAGAGAAUUUCGACCUAGCCCCCUUCCCACCAAACCCCUACCAGACCAAUAUCGCGCCGUUUAUGUACUGCAGCGAUUACUGCCACAUUGCUCAAGGAACCCCACCGUAUACUGUCAUAGACCAGCUCCAACACAAGUUGCCUGUGCAUAAAAAGUGUAUGAAGAGGAUGAUCGUUUCAAGGGAUUAUGAUCCUUAGAAAGAAG